GAGCUUGUGAACUCAUUCUGCAGCAGGACUGACCGCUCACGGCAUGGCGAUGAGGGAGUGUGUCGUGCUCUCACUCAUGCUGGUCGCACUGACUCUUCAAAACACUGUGAAAGCAGAGGAUGGACCUGUCCUGCAAACCAAAUCUGGGGUCCUGAAAGGAUCACACAUGAAAGCAAAAGGAAAGGACACAGUCGUCCAUUCUUACCUGGGAAUACCGUUCGCCAAGCCACCCGUGGGUUCAUUGAGACUCGCUCCACCCCAACCUGCAGAGAAAUGGGCCGGAGUGAGAGAUGCUACAAAACAGCCGCUCAUGUGUCUGCAGGAUAAGCAGAUACUUGAAGACUUGGUGGCCAAUGUAUCUAUGAAUAUAGAGGUUCCUGAUUCAGCAGAGGACUGUCUUUACCUCAACGUCUACACACCUUCUAAACCUGGAGCUAAUGACAAGUUGCCUGUUAUGGUUUGGAUCCAUGGUGGAGGUUUGUCGAUGGCCUCUGCGUCCAUUUUUGACGGACAUGUUUUGGCUGCCUAUCAAGAUGUAGUUGUGGUCCUGAUUCAAUACAGGCUUGGCCUACUUGGAUUUUUCAGCACAGGAGAUGAACAUGCGCCAGGAAACUAUGGUCUUCUGGACCAGGUGGCUGCGCUUCAGUGGGUCCAGGAGAACAUCCACAGCUUUGGGGGCGACCCUGGAUUAGUGACCAUCUUUGGAGAGUCUGCUGGAGGAGUCAGUGUGUCUUUACAUGUUCUAUCACCAUUAUCUGCAAACCUCUUCGAUCAUGCUAUCGCAGAGAGCGGUACAGCAGCAAUGGAUGCUAUAAUGAGUCCCAACCCUCUUGCAUUAGCUCAGGCUGUAGGAAAUCUAUCUGGCUGUGAUAUUUCCAGCACAAAGACGAUUGUUGACUGUGUGAUGCAGCUGACAGAAGAAGACAUCUUGACUAUCGCUAAGGAGCAUCCAGUGCUUCUUUUUGGAGUGACAGUGGAUGGCCAUUUCCUUCCAAAUCCUGCAGCAGAUCUUCUUCAAUCCCACCAGUUUAAUAAAGUGCCUCUGAUCACUGGAAUCACUAAUGAUGAGUGUGGAUAUAUGCUGCCAAGUUUCUUUUCACCUCCAGGAUGGACAGAUGGGAUGGACAUAGAGCAGAUCGUGCCGUCUUUGACCAUGUUUAAUCAUGCUCUUCAAGAUCAGGCAAUUCUUGAGCUUGUUUUAAAUGAGUAUCUGGGCACAUCCACUGACCGGAUCAAAAUCCGAGAUGGUUUUCGAGAGCUGUUAGGAGACUUUAUGUUUAACAUCCCAGCUCGCAAAGUAGCGAAUUUCCACAGAGAUGCUGGUGCACCAGUAUAUGUGUAUGAAUUCCAGCAUCCUCCCAGUAUACUUCAAAAGAAAAGACCUAGUUUUGUUGGAAGUGACCAUGGAGAUGAAAUUGUAUUUGUUUUUGGUUUUUGCUUUGCAGAUGGACAUAUAAAGCUGGAAGAUAAACUCUCAAAAGAAGAAAAUGAACUUUGUAGAUCUGUCAUGGAUUACUGGGGCAACUUUGCUCGCACUGGGUCUCCGAAUGGUCCGGGCCUCACAUCGUGGCCUGCAUUUGGAGCUGAGGCUGAGUAUCUCAGCAUUGGACUGGAACAGAAACCUGGAAAGGACCUGAAGGGAAAACACUUUAAUUUCAUGACUCAAACCCUUCCACAAUUGAUAAAUAAGCGAAAGGAAGGACCUGUAGCACAUACAAAACUAGGAUCUCUAAGAGGCUCCUUCAUGACUGCGAAGGGCAAGGAAACUGUUGUCAAUAGCUAUCUAGGUGUACCGUUUGCAAAGCCACCCGUGGGCCCCCUGAGACUGGCUCCACCACUACCUGCAGAACCAUGGCAAGGAGUGAGAGAUGCAACCAAACAGCCACCAAUGUGCAUUCAGGACAGGCAAGCGAGUGUCGUUGAGAUGGAGUUUCUCUCUAUGGAUGUGGAGAUUCCUGAGGUCUCGGAGGACUGCUUGUAUCUCAACAUCUACACUCCAGUCAAACCUGGUGAAGAAGACGCCAAGUUGCCAGUCAUGGUUUGGAUUCACGGUGGAGGACUUUCUCUUGGUUCAGCUUCCGUGUACGAUGGCUCCGUUCUGUCAGCGUAUCAGGAUGUGGUCGUGGUGCUGAUUCAGUACAGAUUGGGACUGCUGGGAUUCUUAAGCACAGGAGAUGAACAUGCGCCAGGAAACUAUGGUCUUCUGGACCAGGUGGCUGCGCUUCAGUGGGUCCAGGAGAACAUCCACAGUUUCGGGGGAGAUCCUGGAUCAGUGACCAUCUUUGGAGAGUCUGCUGGAGGAGUCAGUGUAUCCACGCUGAUUCUUUCACCAUUGGCUUCUGGUCUGUUUCAUCGAGCCAUUGCAGAAAGCGGGACUGCCUUUUGGCAUGGUUUAGUGAUGGCUAAUCCUUUGCUGAUAGCCCAGAAUGCAGCCAAAUCUUGCAACUGUGACAGUAGCAGUUCAUCAAAGAUCGUUGACUGCAUCAUGGGCUGGUCUGAUGAGGAGGUUCUGGAAUAUUCCAAAAAGUUCGCGAUGAUGCACUUCAGUGUUGCUGUGGAUUCUCAUUUCCUUCCCGAGCCUGUAGAGGAGAUCAUUCGGAAACAAGAGUUCAGUAAAGUUCCUCUCAUCACUGGUAUUACUGAUGAUGAGUUUGGCUAUUUACUGCCCACAUAUUUUUUCGGUCCUGGAUGGAUUGAUGGGAUGGAUCAAGAGCAAGCCACAAAAGCCUUGACCCUGACUUAUCCUGACCCCAGGGAUCGGUGGAUCAUUGACCUGGUGGCAAAUGAGUACCUGGGCGACACAAAGGACCCCAUUCAAAUCAGAGACAUUUAUAGAGAGAUGAUGGGGGAUGUGAUUUUUAAUAUCCCCACCCUCCAACUGGCAAAAUACCACAGCGCCUCAGGAGCGCCGGUUUACCUGUACCAGUUCCAGCAUCCUCCCAGUAUGACCCAGAAGAAAAGACCCAGCUUUGUUGGAGUCGACCAUGCGGAUGAACUUUUCUUUAUUCAGGGAACCUGCUUUGCUAAAGCUCAUCUCAAAGCAACCGCUCCUUUCACAAAGGAAGAGGAAGAGCUAUGCAGGACUGUGAUGGCCUACUGGGGGAACUUUGCACACACUGGGUCUCCGAAUGGUCCGGGUCUGACACACUGGCCUGAAUAUGAGGAUGAGGCCGAGUAUCUCGGCAUUGGACUGGAACAGAAACCCGGCAAGAACCUGAAGGGAAAACACUCUGCGUUCAUGACCAAGACGCUUCCAGAUCUAAUACGACAAGGCCGAGAAAAAAGAGAGCACUUAGAACUAUAAAAGAAUAAAAU